AUGGAACAAAGAGGACGGCCGACGUGGAUCGAGCGAUGGAGAUGCAUAGCCUACGCGGUGGCAUUGGUGAUGUUUUGGAGCGAAGCCUCGGCUCAGAUCAGAUAUUCCAUCUCUGAAGAGGUUAAAGAAGGAAGUGUUGUUGGAAACAUUGCGAAAGACGCGGGGAUUGAUAAGGUUACGCUGAAGGAAAGAAAGUACCGCAUUGUUGGCAGUUCAAAGGAACCCCUUUUUCAUUUGAAUCAAGACGACGGUGUUCUGUAUGUGAGUAGGAAAGUGGACAGGGAAGAGAUUUGUGAAAGAAGCAUCGAUUGUGUAAUAAACCUUAAAACAGUGCUAGAAAAUCCUCUGGAAAUCCAUUAUGUGACCAUAGAGGUGGUGGAUGUAAACGACCACUCCCCCGUCUUUCCAGAGAAAGAGAAACGACUUGAAAUAUUUGAAUCGACGAUACCGGGUGCAAGAUUUCAGCUCCAACCUGCACGAGACCCAGACGGUAGCCAGUUCUCUGUUCACCAGUAUAAACUAAGUCACAGUGAUCAUUUUCAUUUGGAGAUAAAAGAUAGAGAUGAAGGUAAAAUGCCAUUUCUAGUUUUACAGAAGCAGUUAGAUAGAGAGGCUGCGAGAGAGCAAAAGCUUCUCCUUACCGCCAUUGAUGGGGGGAGACCGCCAAAGUCUGGGACAACGCAAAUACUGAUUGAGGUACUUGAUGUUAAUGACAAUGCACCUGUUUUUACAGAAGAUGUAUACUCUGCUAUGUUAAAUGAAAACGCAGCCCCCGGCACGCUAGUCAUUCGGGUUAAUGCCACAGAUUUAGAUGAGGGAGCAAACGGUAAAAUUGUUUACUCUUUUGGUAAGGAAGUGGAAAUAAAACUGCAAAAACUGUUUUAUAUAGACUCGACCACGGGCGAAAUUAAAGUGACUGGUGAAAUUGAUUACGAAGAAAAUAAACGCUAUGAAAUUGAUAUAAGAGCGUCUGAUGAGGGCACUAUCCCUUUAUCAACAGACAAAAGUGUGAUAAUAAAGGUAAUCGACCUGAACGAUAACCCACCCGAGAUUGAAGUUACGUCAUUUUCUAAGUCAGUUCCCGAAGACUGUAGGAUUGGAACAACAGUAGCUUUGAUCAGCGUGAAUGAUUUAGAUUCAGGUCCCAAUGGAAAAGUCUCAUGUUUCAUACCUGAGGAUGUUCCUUUUGCUAUAUCGCCAUCCUUCCAAGAUAAUAUGUACGCCAUAGUGACCAACUCACUGCUGGACAGAGAAGAAAGGUAUUUUUAUGAACUUACAGUUGUUGCAAAGGAUGCUGGUGUUCCAUCACUCUUAAGUGAAAAGACAAUAACUGUGGCGAUAUCAGACGUGAACGACAACAGGCCUCAGUUUUCAGUCAGUCCUUACAUAUUUUACAUCACUGAAAAUAACGAUUUAGGUGCACAAUUAUUUUCAGUAAAGGCGUCCGAUUGUGAUGAUAGUGAUAAUGCGCGCAUUUCAUAUCACGUUUAUCGGGACAACAGCGAAGGCAGUAUGGCAUUGUUUUUAAAUAUUAACUCGGAAAGUGGAGAUGUUACGGCGUUAAAAACCUUUGACUUUGAAACACUGAAAACUUUCCAGUUCCAAGUUGUUGCCUCAGAUUCUGGAACUCCGUCACUAAGCAACAACGUCACAGUCAACGUCUUCAUACUGGAUCAGAACGAUAAUGCCCCAGUCAUCCUGUAUCCACUCAGCUCCAACGGUUCUGCUCAAGGGGCGGAGGAGAUUCCCCGAAACGUCAACGCAGGACACUUGGUGACUAAAGUCAGAGCCUAUGACGCUGAUAUAGGAUAUAACGGCUGGUUGCUCUUUUCACUGCAAGAAGUUACUGACCACAGUCUCUUUGCUUUGGACCGCUAUACAGGACAGAUCAGAACACUUCGCUCAUUCACAGAGACAGACGAGGCUGAGCAUAAACUGGUCAUACUGGUCAAAGACAACGGCAACGUUUCUCUCUCAGCAACAGCUACUGUGAUUGUCAAACUUGUGGAGCCCAAAGAGGCUUUUGCAGCUUCUGAUGUUAAAAGUGCAGCAAAAGAUGAUGACGACAGUAAUGUCAUAUUUUACCUCAUGAUAACUUUGGGUGCAGUUUCUGUACUUUUUCUGGUCAGUAUCAUCGUGCUGAUUGUAAUGCAGUGCUCCAAAUCCACAGACUAUACUUCUAAAUAUUUGUCAGAGACUAAUUAUGACGGGACACUGUGUAACAGCAUCCAGUACAGAUCAGGAGAGAAGCGGUACAUGCUCGUUGGACCCAGAAUGAGUAUAGGAUCUACCAUAGUUCCGGGUAGCCAUGCAAAUACUCUAGUGCUUCCUGAUAGGAGAGGCACAUCUGAAGAGGGAGUGCAGAAUUAUUAG